CUCAGGCUCGCCGAGCGCCCGCCCGCCCGCGCCCGCUGCCCUCGGCCCGCGGCGGGAGCGCGGGCGCCGCGUCCCGGAGGCAGCGGCCACCCCCGGGGACCGGGCUGCGCCGCCCGUGCCGCCGCCGCCCGGCCGCCCGCCCGGCUUGGCUCCGCCGCGGCGUGUGGCCCGGCUGCCGCGCCGCUGGGGCGCGGGCGAGGUCGGGGGUCGCGCGGCCGCCGCCGCCCGCCCGCCUCGGGUGCGCGUGCCGCGCUCGGGCGGCCGGCGAGCAUGGAGGAGAAGUACCUGCCGGAGCUGAUGGCGGAGAAGGACUCCCUGGACCCCUCCUUCACGCACGCCCUGCGGCUGGUGAGCCAAGAAAUAGAAAAGUUUCAAAAAGGAGAAGGCAAGGAUGAAGAAAAGUACAUUGAUGUGGUGAUUAAUAAGAACAUGAAGCUGGGACAGAAAGUGUUAAUUCCUGUAAAACAGUUCCCUAAGUUCAACUUUGUGGGGAAACUUUUGGGUCCACGUGGCAAUUCUCUGAAGCGUUUACAAGAAGAAACCUUGACAAAAAUGUCCAUCCUUGGAAAAGGUUCUAUGAGAGACAAGGCAAAGGAAGAAGAGUUGAGGAAAAGUGGAGAAGCAAAGUACUUCCACCUCAAUGAUGAUCUGCAUGUUCUCAUUGAAGUUUUUGCCCCGCCAGCAGAAGCAUAUGCCCGGAUGGGACAUGCUUUGGAAGAAAUUAAGAAGUUCCUCAUUCCUGACUAUAAUGAUGAAAUCAGGCAAGCGCAGCUCCAGGAAUUAACAUACUUGAAUGGUGGCUCAGAAAAUGCAGAUGUACCAGUUGUUCGAGGGAAAUCCACCUUGCGUACAAGAGGUGUACCGACCCCAGCAAUAACCAGGGGAAGGGGAGGAGUCACAGCCCGGCCAGUUGGAGUUGGUGUGCCACGAGGGACGCCAGCUUCUAGGGGAGUCAUUUCCACUCGAGGGCCAGUGAGUCGGGGAAGAGGACUGCUCACUCCUAGAGCAAGAGGAGUGCCCCCAACUGGGUACAGACCUCCACCGCCACCCCCAACACAAGAGACUUAUGGAGAUUAUGACUAUGAUGAUGGAUAUGGCACUGCUUAUGAUGAACAGAGUUAUGAUUCCUAUGAUAACAGCUAUAGCACCCCAGCCCAAAGUGGUGCUGAUUACUAUGAUUAUGGACACGGACUCAGUGAGGAGACCUACGAUUCUUACGGGCAAGAGGAGUGGACUAACUCAAGACACAAGGCACCUUCAGCCAGGACAGCGAAGGGCGUCUACAGAGACCAGCCAUAUGGCAGAUACUGAUUGUACUGUCUGAUGUUGUGAAAUAGCCCAUCUCCACCAGUCCUGUAUACUGUUCAAAGUAAUUUUUUUCUAUGAACAAUCCCUUUUUAAAUAAAAUGCUUAAAAUCUGAA